AUGCCGCGUGGAGUGGCUGAUCACCAAGGCAAGAAGCAGUUUGAUGAGUUCCCUCUGCGCAGCAGUAGAGGAUUCUCAUUCCAGUUGACUGGAGAGUUAGAGGGAGACUGCGGAAAAACGAAUGCUCAGACCAGAACCGAAUCCGCUCUGUUUGAAAGCUGCCAGUCGAGUACCGCUGCACAGGAGGCGGUUCGGGAACGCCCCCUCGCGACUGGUCCUCAGGCAUCGGCACAGGAGAGCGUCGACCUUCUUCUUGAGCAGAGGAGCGUAAAAUUGUCAGAAUCUAAUGCAUUUGACGGGCAAGCUUUCUAUUCACUCUCUAAAUCUGAGAACCUAGAAUCAGUGUUGCAAAGCGCUGUGUCUACAAAGUUAGCUCAGCAUCUGAGGUACUGUAGCGGUCGUGAUAGCAUGGUUUGGCGUCACUCGAAACAAGGGGGAGACGUAUCUCUCCAUUCAACUGAAAACAUGACUGCAACAAGAGUUGGAGGCGUGAGAACGCCAAUAUGCACCCAAAAGGCCUCGGCAAGGUACGUGAAGCCAGGUUCACAGGCGACGGCAUUCUCUGAGAGCACUGCAGUGCAGCAAAAGCAAUACUAUGUUCCUCUAGAAGUAGAGGCAGUGAGUGAUGUGUCUCGUCGCCCGCGACUUUACGACAAGCAAGUAGGUGGGAAGUGCACGAACUUCGCUCAUGAUGGGUCUGGGAAUCGAUCGUCGUCCUCUAUACCUAGCAAGGGCUCACGCAAUCACAGAAACACAGAAUUGCGCUACGCUUCUGAAUUAGAAAGCUUUCCCAAUAGAAAUAUUGCGAGAAGCUCGGGCCCUGACGUACCAACAAGGGAAUUUCACUCUGACAAACCCAGAGACUCUUCAGUGCCAGACAAGGGUGGCAACGCUCCGAAAAGACCCUUGGAUUCCAAUUCGACAUUCGGAAGCACGGCGGAAAUCUCCUCGUCUAGAAGAAGUAGCACAGGCGACUUGAGUCCUAACAUACUUGGGAGCAGGGACCGUUCACAGGCGACGCACCAUGCACGCGGCCACUUCGGGAAGUCACGUAUUGACACCGCUGCUCCUACGGCCUUCAUUACACGACCUUCCUACAUGGACACCACUGCCGUUGGAAGGCGAUUGACGGCGCAGAACAAUAUGUGGUCAGCAGUGGGCAGCUAUGAACCUCUGGCGUCUUUAGUAUUCCACGAGUUGUACCGUCAAUUGUCCCCUGCACUUCAGGCGCUUUGCAUGCAGUGCCUCCGAACAACAGAUUCUCCAGAGCUGCGUGCACUAACGGACAUCCAGCAAGCAGCAAUGAAAUUGGUUGCUGACCAGUCCGUCCGAAGAAGUGCAGCAGCAAAGAAACGCCUUGCGGAGGUUUUCAAACGGGCAGGGCAACCAAAGGGAACUCUCGAAUGUCUGGAGCAAUUUCUUCUUACGCGCGCUCCUAUCCUCAUAUAUUUCGACAUCGUAAGCUUAACGCCACACCUGGAGCAAGGCGGAUUUAUUAGGUCGCACUUCGAAAUACCCCAAACUGACGCAACAUACCUGCGCAAAUGCAAUGAAAGGGAGCAAGCGCUUUAUUCUGGCUUGUAUGAACAUGAGUCUGUUCGACCAGAACACCACCCAAAAUAUGGGGUUCGGGCUACAAUCUCAGCAAGUCAGAGUGAUGGUUCUGGAGUGUUAUCGUUUGGGCAUGAACCUUUAGUGGCAACUCUCAACAACCCGUGGCAUGUCUUGGAGGCCCUUGGGCAUGAGGCAUUGGCAGCCUUAGCCGCUUUUGCAAGGGAGCCGACGACAUUGAAAGGCACUGACACAGCAGCGUUGGUGGACUGCAACAUUCAUGGAGAGGUCAAGCUAGGAAAGGACGUCGAAGCAAUUGUGUUGCCGAAAAGCGCAGCCCGCGACAAAGGCACGUUUACGAAGCUGCAGGAAAUUGCCACGCAGUACAUGGUACCGAUAUUGUCAAUGGAGAAGUGCCCUACAGCUGUUAAGGACGACUGCUGGAAGCAUACAAUGCGGCACCUGCAACACGAGGUCCUACUAAAGAAGACAGCCUUGGGGAAUACAUAUGGCCAAAUAUGA